AUGAUCGACCCCUUUCCCUUCCCGCCCAACCCGGCGCUCGGCGAAGCUGUCCGGCCGCUGGCCGCCCGCCUCGGCCUUCACUCGUUUCCCAUGCACGUUCACGAGCUUCUCAUGGCCACGCUCUUCUACACCUUUGUCCAGCUGGUCGUCUCGCCCGUGCUCUCGCGCGCCCUGAUGCCUCACAUCUACAACGCCAGCAUGAGCCGGCUCCGUCGGGCCAACUGGGAUGCCCACGUGGUCUCGCUCGUCCAGAGCGUGCUGAUCUGCAUCCUCGCCCUCUGGUCCAUCGCCGUCGACGACGAGCGUCGCGCCAUGAGCGGCGAGCCGACCACCGAUCCCGCCACUGCCCUGCCGCUCGCUGCUGGCUGGCGUGGUCGCGUCUACGGCUAUUCGGGCGGCGCGAGCCUCGUCCAGUCCAUGGCCGCCGGCUACUUUCUCUGGGACCUCGCCCUCACCCUCGUCUACUUUGACAUCUUCGGCUUCGGCAUGCUUGCCCACGCCGUCAGCGCCCUGGCCGUCUACUCCCUCGGCUUCCGCCCCUUUCUCAACUACUACGCCCCCAAUUUCAUUCUCUACGAGCUCUCCACUCCCUUCCUCAACGCCCACUGGUUCUUCGACAAGCUCGACAUGACCGGCUCCCGUGCCCAGCUGUACAACGGCGUCGCCCUCAUCGUCACCUUCUUCGGCUGCCGCCUCGUCUACGGCAACUACAUGUCCACCUGGGUCUACUCUGACAUGUGGCACGCCAUGUGGGAUGGCCCCGGCGAGUUCGCCAUUGCCGGCAGCAGCCCCGAUCCCAUCCCCGCCUGGCUCAUUGUCGUCUACGUCGCCAGCAACCUGACGCUCAACUCGCUCAACAUCGUCUGGUUCUUCAAGAUGAUCGCCGCCGUCCGCAAGCGCUUCGUCCCGUCCGCCCACAAGGACGCCGCCGACGACAAGUCCGCCAAGACCGACGACAAGUCCACCACCGACGAUUCCACCGCCGCUAUAGCCUCCGCCCUGGACGACGCCAGCCCUGUCGCCCGCCUGCGCGCCGUCGGCGAGAGGCUGAUGAUGGUCGAGGACGACUUCACCGAGAUACCGUAA